AUGCCUCCUGUUGCCCCAAUCCAGCAUGGCGGCGCCCAGGCCCCGUCCACUUUUGACAAACUCAAGAUGGGCGCAAUGAUGGGCGGAUCUGUUGGUGUUAUUAUGGGCUUCAUUUUCGGCACUGUUAAUAUUUUCCGAUAUGGCGCUGGGUCCCAAGGCAUCAUGCGGACUCUCGGCCAGUACAUGGGCGCAUCUGGUGCUACAUUCGGAUUUUUCAUGGGCGUGGGCAGCGUGAUCCGAUCAGAUGCCGACCCUAAGCUACAAGAACUGUACAUGCAAGCGCAGCGACGGCCGAUAGUAUUACGAGCAAACUCGGCUUGGAGGAGGGACGAAUAA